CUACUAUAAAUGCCCUCACCUUCCUAUUUGUUUCUUUUUCCAAAUGGUCCAUUUCUCCGUUCAGUUUGCGAUCAGUUUUUCGUUAAACCCCAAUCAAUUUCACUGAAAAUUAAACAAGCACAUAAAACCCAAAAAGGAAAAAGAAAAACAAAUCUUACACCAACUUCUCAUAUAACAUUUGUAUAUAAAGAGAUCAUUUGAGGAAAAUGGGUCAGGCAUUUCGUCGAGCAACUGGAAGGAUCGGAAGUUCUACUGUCGAUGCAGCGUCAUCCCAACUAAAGAAGCCCAUUGACCGGAGACUCCCGCCGGUGAAUAAAACUCCUGCCGAUAAUGUUGCUCCAGUUUCCGAGGCAACAGUGGUGGAGAAGUAUGAUAGACCCUUGCCUAAGCUAAGGAAUACAACAUUAGAGUCUAGCAGAUAUGAGGAAAGGCCUGCUCCUUCUGGUACGCUGAAUGUGUCUCAGAUAAGAGAAAUUAUACUCCUGCAUCAAGGCAGAUCCGAUGAUCAUAAAGGGUCUAUGGAUAUCAAUGGAAUUGCUGAGUGGUUUCGAGUUGAUGCUGCCCAGGUUCAGAGGAUUCUGCAGUUCGUAUCAUUGCCCCCAGAAGACGCUAGUAAAAAGAUGAAGUCAUAACUGUAUCAUAUUUUAUAGUCAUGGAUAAUUCAAAGAAAUGAGUGAGUUCACACUUCCCGAGGGGGUUCGCUUUAUACAUCAAUUUUGCAGCUGUAAGUUCGUCUGUCGUAAUAAUGACCUGACAUCACGGUCCUGGAGGAAAAAUGGCACUCAUAUUUACUUCAGAAACUGAUCCUAAUGAUGUUUGUUGCAACAGGAGAGGACUUUCUUUUUGCUCACA